AUGGACCUCCACCGCCCCUUCAAGAUGGACAGCCCCUCCUACCUGCCAGCUCCACUGGCCUCCCCCGCCCUGAUGGUCCUCGCCUCCACUGCCGAGGCCGGCCGAGACGCCUCCGUCCCCUGCCAGGCUCCCAGGCCCUUCGGUGUCCCUGCCUCCGUGGAGAAAGACCUUCACCUCCCCUUCCCCUCGGCCUCUUACACCUUCACCUCCAUGUAUCAGCGUCAGGGCCACAUGUCAGGCACCUUUCCCUCCCGAGACUUCCCAGCCUCUCUGCUCCACCUGCACCCCCAGUUCACUCCGCCAAACCUGGACUGCUCCACCCUAAGCAUGCUCAACCACAGCGGAGUGGGUGCCUUCCGACCUUUCUCGUCCCCGCAAGAGGAGAGGGAAUCGGGGGUUUACCAGUCAGCUUUCACCCCUGCCAAGAGGCUGAAAAGCUGUUUCCCUGACAUUGAGGGGAAGGAGUUUGACUUCGGCUCCCCGGGAGGCUCCCUCAAAGCCGGGGAAGACUCAGGGAGGAAGCUGUUCUCCAUGUCUGGCCUGCUGUCUGAUGGGGAGGCUUCAUCGAGCCCAGAAGAGCGCAAAGACCACAGUAAAGUGAAGGGUCUCUAUGACUCUCAGGCCCCAGCGUGUCCAGUCUGUCAGGCUAUUCUGCGACCAGGAGAACUGCAAGAACACAUGGAGCAGGAGUUGACCAAACUCGCCCAACUACAAAUGAGUGCCACUCCAGGGCACCACGACCACCUCAUAAGGACGCCGAAGUCGCUCUCGCUGUCUCUUCAUAUAAAGCGUGAAGGAGGUUCUCCCACCUCGCCCCCUCGACCGUCUGAGGAUGCGCACUCUGACCGAUACCAGACGUUUCUUCGUGUGCGGGCCAACAGACACACCAGACUGAAUGUCGAUGACCUCUGCUGGUGCAGGUGCUACGUCAAAUCUGCCCCAUUACGCCCCCACAGCGCAGGAGCCCACCUAGACUGCACACAAGCUGUCAGGAUCGGGAAGCUGAAGAGGAGGAAACCAGAAGAGGGACAGGAGGGCUCAGCGGACAUGCUGCCGCUGGAGGACGAGUGGAACGACAGGAGAAGGAUACAAAUGGCGUCUAUAGUCGGAGGGUUUAAAGGUGCAGUCCUGGUGAGCACAACUUCUAAGGAGUGUCGAGACAGCGAUGCAGACCUGGACGUAGACGGAGAUGACACUCUGGAGUACGGCAGAGCGCAAUACACAGAGACAGAUGUCAUCCCCUGCUCAGGAGAAAGCUCCAAGGAGACAACAGUGAACAGCAGCAGCAGCAGCACAUUGCCUGACUCCAGAGUAAACCUAGAGUUUUCCAAAUGGUCAAAUGAUGGGAGUCCAUCUACCAGCAGCGGAGAGAAAGUGGACGGGAGCAUAGCUGGUCUUCCCAAAACCUGCAAAAACUCUGAGAUAGAGACGCUCUCAGAGGACUCCACGCUGACAACUCUGGAUGCACUUAAAGCUCGGAUACGGGAUUUGGAGAAACAGUUGUCUAAAGGAGACAGAUUUAAAUGCCUCAUCUGCAUGGACACGUACACAACUCCUCUCACCUCCAUCCAGUGCUGGCAUGUUCACUGUGAGGAGUGUUGGCUUCGAACGUUGGGAGCAAAGAAGUUGUGUCCUCAGUGCAACACUAUCACCUCACCUGGAGACCUGAGACGGGUCUUCCUGUGA